UUAGAUAAUCUUAGACAAAGGCAACAUGUCAAACAAAUUGCUGUCACAUGGACAACUACGUGUUAUAAUUGAACAACAAGUAGUUGGCAGGAAGAAAAACUGAGAGCAAUGACUUACGGAAUUCUGGGGAUAGGGAUAAGGACUCAAAGCUAACAUAACACAACUUUCAAGUUUGGAAGCAUUGUCAAUGGCCAAACUAAGAAGCAUUGUCUUCCUCUUUUUCUCAUGUUUCUGCAUGCAUUCUCUUUCUUCUUCUCAUGCACAAACACAUAAUGCUACACUCAAGCAAGGCCAACAGCUAAGCGACCAGGAUGGCGAUUAUCUUGUUUCCAAAAAUGGUUUGUUCAAGUUAGGCUUCUUUAGUCCAGGCAACUCAAGCAUUUUCGGUGCUACAAUUAACCGUUACUUGGGAGUAUGGUACUACAAACUACCAAAUGAUCCAGAUGCAGUGUGGGUAGCCAAUCCAGAAACUCCGAUCAUUGAUACAUCAGGGGUAUUUGCAUUAGCUAGUGAUGCAACAUUGAAGCUCAUUCAUGGUGGAGGCCAAGUAUCUGUCUCAGAUCCUAAUAAAACAGUUUCUGGAAAUGUGACUCUCUCCUUAUUAGAUACUGGAAAUUUGGUCCUGCGAGAAGUACUAGCUACUAAUGGAACAGCAGGAAAUGUUAUAUGGGAAAGCUUUGACCAUCCAACCAACACAUUGUUACCUGGAAUGAAAUUGGGCAUGAAUGUCAAGGCUGGAGAGAAUUGGACUAUUUCUUCCUGGUUCAGCGAUCAAAUACCUGCACCAGGUGCUUUCAGGCUUGGCAUUGAUCCUGGUAGCAACAACCAAUUGAUCAUCUGGCGACGAGAUGAAGUAUACUGGAGCAGUGGGAUCUGGGAAAAUGGAUCUUUUCAAAAUGCUCAUGAAAUGACAAGAAGGGUUGAUCUGUUUGAGUUUACUUUUGUCUCAAACAAGGAAGAUAAGUACUUUUCUUAUACUGCUAAAAAUAGGUCUACUAUCUCAAGGUGGGAACUGAAUGCUUGGGGCCAAAUCAUGCAGUACAUUUUAACUGUCAACGGUACUACAUGGGAGAGAACAGAAGCUAGUGCAUGCACAUUCAACUUGAAUAAUCCUGGAGCCAUGUGCAUAGAGGAGAAGCCCUCAGAAUGCAGGAAUGACUCGGAUGGACUUGUACCAGUAAGAGGCUAUUUUGAUGGAACUGAAAUUCUAAAGCAUGAUAACAAUACUAACAUGACCAUUAGUGAUUGCCAUGCCACUUGCUGGAGUGACUGCUCCUGCAUUGGUUUCAAAAGUAUUUAUUCCAAUGGGACUGGGUGUGUAUUUAUGAGUGGAGCAGCAAGAUUUGUCGCCAAUGAUUACUUUGAUGCUACUUAUGUCCUUAACAUAUUUAAUAAUAGCAAAGGCCAGGAACAAGGAUUAGCAGAGUUGAGAUCUCAAUUUACCAGAUUCGACCACAUGUACAAGCUCAAAAUAGGUGAAAGAAUAGGACAGAACUUUGGGAUGUUCAGUUUUUCAGAAGUAGUGGCUGCAACAGAUAACUUCUCAUCUGCCAGCAAGCUAGGACAGGGUGGUUUUGGACCUGUUUAUAAGGGGGUAUUACCAGAUGGGGAACAGGUAGGGAUAAAGAGACUCGCCAGAAGUUCAGGACAAGGGCUAGAAGAAUUCAUGAAUGAGAUUACACUUAUAGCUGAGCUUCAACAUAGUAAUCUUGUUAGGCUGUUGGGUUGUUGCAUUCAAGGAGAAGAAAAGAUUCUGAUUUACGAAUUUAUGGUGAAUAAGAGCUUGGAUGCGUUCCUAUUUGACUCCACUAGAAGGAGGCAAUUGGACUGGCAAAGACGGGUAAGCAUCAUCGAAGGAAUUGCACAAGGACUUCUCUAUCUUCAUAAGCAUUCUAGAGUUAGAGUCAUACACAGAGAUUUGAAAGCUAGUAACAUUCUGCUUGAUGAAAAUAUGAACCCUAAGAUCUCAGACUUUGGAAUGGCCAGGAUUUUCGGACAGAAUGAAUCUAUGGCAAAUACAGUUAGAGUUGUUGGAACAUACGGUUACAUGUCUCCAGAGUAUGCCAUGAUGGGCGUUUUUUCUGAAAAGUCUGAUGUUUAUAGUUUUGGAGUUCUACUGUUGGAGAUUAUAAGUGGCAAAAAGAACACUAAUUUUCUUUCAUCUACUGGUCUCUGCCUUAUCGAACUUGCCUGGGAAUUGUGGAAACAAGGACAUACUCUGGAGAUAAAGGACACAUCACUUGACUUGGGGUCUAAAGAGGAAGUUUUAAAAUUUAUUCAGGUAGGUCUCCUAUGUGUUCAAGAGCAUGCAGAGGAUAGAGCUAACAUGUCAGAAGUAAUAUCAAUGCUUACAAGUGAUGUCACACAUUUGCCUAAUCCAAAGCAACCUGCAUACACUAUUUCAAGAAGUGAAGCUGGGUCAACUACAUUACCUGCAGAUACAAGUUCAAAUACGGCUUCAGUAAAUUAUGAAUCCAUGACUGUGAUGGAUGGUAGAUAA